CAGGCUACUACAAAAUGUGCAAACACGCUGCCACAUCCAUCAGUAGGACUUUACUUCCAAAACGAAGAUUGGGCGGUUACUGUACUUUUAUACUUGUACUUCGGUAGCUGAAGAUUAUAUUAGUCUAAGAUCAUGGCUCUACCAGAUCUUUUCGAUUCGUCCGCUUCAGUCCCCCUGUUGGGGGCUCUUGUAGGUCUGCUGGUCCUCUUCUUCUUCUCCUCCAGGAAUCAGGGCCAGGGUAAGGAUCCCCCUGGGCCCAGACCACUGCCCCUGAUCGGGAACCUUUUGAGCAUGGACUUUAUGAAACCACACAUCACCCUCUGGGAGUUUUCCAAGAAAUAUGGAAAUGUAUUCACAGUGUAUUUUGGACCGAAGAAAGUGGUGGUUCUGGCGGGAUACAAGACUGUCAAACAAGCCCUGGUCAACAAUGCAGAUGAAUUUGGAGACAGAGAGGUUUUCAAAAUCGUAGACGAAACUACGGGAGGACAUGGCAUUUUGUUUGCUAAUGGAGAGACAUGGAAAGAAAUGAGACGUUUUGCAUUGACCACUUUGAGAGACUUUGGGAUGGGCAAGAAAUUAAGUGAAGAGAAAAUUACAGAAGAAUGCCAGUACCUCAUUGAGGUUAUGGAGCAAUAUAAAGGAAAAGCUUUUGAUACUACAAAAUCAAUGAACUAUGCGGUGUCCAAUAUAAUCAGCGCCAUUAUCUAUGGCAGUAGAUUUGAAUAUGAUGACCCAAAGUUUACAAGUAUGGUAAACAGAGCCAACGAGACCAUUCGACUGACAGGAUCCCCUUCAGUACAGAUAUACAACGCGUUGCCGUGGUUGGGCAAGUGGUUUAGCAGCCGCAGGGUCAUCAAGAAUGCAGUUCAAAAUCAAGCAGACAUAAGCAAGAUGACCCAAUGUCUCAAACACACCCUUGUCCCUGAGGUGUGCAGGGGUUUUGUGGACGCAUUCCUGAUUCGCCAGCAGACUCUAGAGGAAUCUGGAAAUAAGAACAGUUACUACACCAAUAUGAACCUUAAUGUAUCUAUUGCCAAUUUGUUUAAUGCUGGAACUGAUACAACUGCAACAACAUUAAGAUGGGGUCUUCUGAUCAUGGCCAAGUACCCAAAAAUCCAGGUCAAGGUCCAGGAGGAACUGAGCAGCAUGAUAGGGAGUCGGCAGGUCAAGUUAGAGGACAGGAAGAACCUGCCCUACAUUGAUGCUGUCAUCCAUGAAAUCCAGAGAUUUACCAACAUCGUUCCCAUGUCACUCCCUCACAUCACCAGCCAAGACGUCACCUUCCAAGGCUACUUCAUUAAGAAGGGCACUGUGGUGUAUCCUCUCCUAACGUCUGUGUUGUGGGAUGAGACAGAAUGGGAGAGUCCACUCAGCUUUAAUCCUUCCCACUUCCUGGAUGAGGAUGGGAAGUUCGUCAAGAGAGAUGCCUUCAUGCCUUUCUCUGCAGGUCGCAGGGCGUGUGUCGGUGAGAGUCUAGCCAGGAUGGAGCUCUUCCUCUUCUUCGCCAUGCUGCUUCAACACUUCCAUUUCACUCCUCCACCCGGGGUAUCGGAGGACGACCUGGAUCUGACCCCAGUUCUGGGCAUCACCCUCAAUCCUUCCCCUCACCUGUUGUGUGCCAACAGUCGUGUGUAGUAGGAGGAUCCAGCUAAUGAUCCUAUGAUAGAUAUCACUGCUUGACUAAUAUACAGAUGAACCUCUCUAUAACGUGGCUCUUUGGGUCCACAAAACAAUGACCAAUUUAUUGUUGGAAGAUUUCACACAGUGAAGCAGUUGCAUUUUUGUGAUGUAUCACUCAUGUUGACUGCUCAGUUAAAGACACCAGACCUAGUAAGCCUGUCAACUAAAUAGUCCUGCAAUAGCAAGGAAGCAAUAGCAAGAUAAGCUCUGGCAAAGAUAUAAUAUUCGCUACACGCAAAACUUUUGAUAUUAUUUUGCUGGUGGCUUCGUCAUUAAUACAAAACAACCAAGGGCUUUUAGACGUGGUUGUAUCGGUAAUUGGCUUAUUUCUGGGACAAAGCUUAUUUUGAUAAAGGCAAUGCAGAUCUACAGAACAACAAACAAAGCAAACUAAGUGUGUGACGGGAGACACUUAAAUGUUUGAUUUCGCAAAGAUAUAUUUUUUUAAAGAUUAUAUUCCAAUGGAUGUACUAUUUUUUAAGUGUAUUGUAUUUGUUAAUUGAUUAACAGGCUUAGGAUAUAUUUAAUGUUGAAUAUGUAUAGAAGCAUUAUAAUAAACUAGGGUCGUUUUUUUGUAUUAAGUUAAUUAGCCGAUGCUUCAAUCAAAAGCAAUGUAAUCAUCGAAAAGCUCAUCUUUCUAUUUAACAAGAAUAAAACAGCCUGUUAUUUCAUAUGUUAUGAUGUGUU